UAAGUUCCAGAGAUCUUUCCGAAUGGCGUCAACGGCUCCUCCACAUUCUGCCCCCAGGUUAUCCCCGUUUGUUGUAGAUUGGCUCGGAGCAUCAUUCUCCAUUUUGAGGGUGAUCUACAAACCCACCGCGAGCGCUUGGCGUGUUGGCAUUCAAUCUCCCGGCCCGUCGGGUUGUAUCUUGUUAACAUGGGGCAGAAGUAAUUGCGAGUCCGCAUACAUAAAGCCGCAACGAUGCCCUUCAAUUGUUCACGAGAACGUUUUCCGCACAGCUCGACAAGAUGAUAUCCUCAACCCUCUUCACCGGCCUCCUACUCGCCUCAUCGGCAUCCGCCCGCCCCGCUAAGCGCGGCACGGGGGAGAUCAAGUGCCCCGUGGUCCUUAGCGGAUUCGUGCCGGCGGACUUGACGCCAACGGACUUCGACUCGUACGCGACGAGCCCCUUCAACCCCGACUACAUCCGCGGCACCGAGAAAUUCUCGGAGAUCCUACAGUUCCCGGAAGUUGAGGCUUCGCGCUUCGAUAAUGCUAGUACGAGGGCCGUCGAGGUCACUAUCAACGACAAGUCCAUCUUCCAGAAGCAGAAUGGUUUCCGCCGUGCCGGUCUCCAGAUCCAGGGAGACACGAAUGAAGACAGCCCCGGUACCCAGGGUGUGAAGACUUUACACUUUAGCGUCAAGCAAGAUGCCGAGAGGACUUUGAACUUGACUCAUGAAUACUUGAACGUCUGGCACGAGAGCGCAGACUACAGUGCCAAUCAAUUCAACUUCCAGAGCGGUACCAUCAUCGGCAAGUCGGGCAGCGACAAGAGCAGCUUCAAGGUCUUGAACCGUCAGAAUACCCAAGUGUGGUCAACCCCCAUCGAUGCCACCGCCUGGCAAAACUUUGCUAUUACUCUCGACUUUGUGAAGAACACCCUCCAGGUGUACUACUCAAAGGACGACGAACCCCUCAAGGCCGUCACCGAGGCGUUACAGAACGACAACAGCGGCGGUGGCCAAUACCAGAUCGGCAUCCUGAAGAAGCCCACAGGUACUUCCGACGUCGUCAACUCUGGCUACCAGGAGACUGGCAUCAAGGAGGGCCAAAUCUACGGAGGUAUCUUCCUCGAGGACAGCGCAGACGGCUGCAUUUCGCUGUAAACUUGUGCUUUAAGGAUACUAAAAAGAGCUUAAAACCCAAGUAACUGGGGGGAAAAGCCUUAGAUCUCGGAGCACAUAUUAUAGAAAUAAAACUUAUGGGUAUCACAUAACUACCUCCUACCCGUACUCACUAGGUCGAGAAGUGUCAAGGCAGAAAUAAAAACGAGUGACGGUCACGAAAAUCAAGUGAGUAUAAAAUUUUAUAUAAACA